UAUACUGCCGUACUCAGUGCAACAGGUUAUCCGAACCCAUAAUUAUAUCUGGCAGCCCCACAAAUCUUCUCUCCAAUUUCAAAACCCUAACCCUUGAAACUCCAGCCCUUUUGGCCCCUUUCUGCUUCGCUGCGAUCCCCAAUUUUCAUCGGAAGUACAAUGAGCAGUCGUAGUACAAGCAGAACUCUCUAUGUUGGGAAUCUGCCCGGUGAUAUACGCGAGAGAGAGGUGGAAGACUUGUUUUUCAAGUAUGGACGCAUAGCCCAUAUUGACCUGAAGGUCCCUCCAAGGCCUCCUGGUUAUGCAUUUGUUGAGUUUGAAGACUCUCGUGAUGCUGAAGAUGCACUCCGUGGUCGUGAUGGCUAUGAUUUUGAUGGGCAUCGUUUACGGGUUGAACUUGCACAUGGAGGGCGUGGGCAUUCAUCUUCUUCAGAUCGUCAAAGUAACUAUAGUGGUGGUCGAGGUGGACGUGGGAUGUCUAGGCGCUCAGAUUAUCGUGUGUUAGUCAGUGAACUUCCCCCUUCCGCUUCAUGGCAAGAUCUUAAGGAUCACAUGCGACGGGCAGGAGAUGUCUGUUUCUCCCAAGUUUUUCGUGAUGGUAGUGGCACAACUGGGAUUGUGGAUUACACGAACUUAGAAGAUAUGAAGUAUGCAAUCAAAAAGCUUGAUGGCUCUGAGUUCCGGAAUGCUUUUGACCGCCAAUCUGUUCGUGUGAGGGAAUAUGAUGCGAAGAGGGACUCAUCUAGGAGCCCUAGUCGCGGUCGAUCUCAUUCAAAAGGCAGGAGCUACAGUCGCAGUCGUAGUCCAAGUUAUAGCCGGGACAGAAGCAGGAGCAAGUCUCCAAAAACCAAAUCUUCACGCCGCUCACUUGCUAGAUCUCGAUCAAGAUCUGCUUCUCUCCCCGGUUCACGAUCUCGCUCUCCAUCAGGUUGUAAAGUAUGAAUUAUCUCAUUUGUGCUGGAAUCUUUUCGUGUUGGUCAAUUCCAUUGUUUCCUGCUCAGCAGUUGGGGUUGCCAAGAAAGAGUCAGAUAUCCAACUAGUUUUUAUUUUCUUUUCCCUUUUUGCUUGCAUGAAAAUUACGUUUGUUUUUCUUUUAGAUAUGGAUAUAUGCGGCGAACUGGGGAUUGGAUUUUAGGAUCUUGAUUGGAUAAGGUCAAUUGCUUACAACUCUUUUUCUAUGGAGGUAUGCUGUUAUUUAGAUAGGCAUCUUUGCAAAACGUUCAUGGUGCCUCUGUUCUAAUGCUUUUGGCAUUGUGAAUGUCCAUGGGUGCUAGAUUGGGAUCAAUGGAAGUCUUGGAUUGCACUAGUAAAGCUGGAUAUCUGUGAACUAAGUGCCAUUGGGACUUGGAAGUCAUCGUCAAUGAGCAGUAGAGACAAUUUGAUUUUCGUUUCAUGCUCCAACAUUUUGCCAGGCUAAUAGGUCACACUAUCUGGAUAUGCUGGAUUCUUGUGUUACAGUAGGGAAGAAUGCUCCUUUUCUUUCCCACUGUUGUCUUAUAAAUAAUUAUAAAUUUUUCUUUUUUUUCAAA